AUGGGAGGCCUCUCUGGGAAACACUUACACUUCGGUAUUUAUUGGAGACAGGUGGAGAUUAAUUUCAGGUGUAAGCCGUCUUUCAGAGAAUCCGGCUCGAGGAACAUCCGCGAGCCCGCUAUGGUGCGUCAUCACUGGGUGCAUCGGAGAAGGCAAGAAGGCAAAUGUAAACAAUGUGGGAAAGGCUUCCAGCAGAAGUUUGCGUUCCACAGUAAAGACAUCGUGGCCAUCAGCUGCUCCUGGUGCAAACAGGCUUACCACAACAAGGUGUCCUGCUUCAUGCUGCAGCAGAUUGAGGAGGCUUGCCCAAUAGGAGCUCACGCUGCACUCAUAGUCCCGCCCACAUGGAUCAUUCGCGUCCGACGCCAGUCAUCUAUGAAGUCCAGUAAAAAGAAGAAGAGAACAUCAUUCAAGAGGAAAAGCAGCAAGAAAGGAGCAGAGGAAGGACGGCAGUGGAAACCUUUUUUAAUCAGACCCAUCCCUUCACCGCUGAUGAAACCUCUGCUGGUGUUUGUCAACCCCAGAAGUGGAGGGAACCAGGGAACUAAGAUCAUGCAGUCCUUCAUGUGGUAUCUGAACCCCAGGCAGGUGUUUGACCUGAGCCAGGGAGGACCACAGGAGGGUUUGGAGCUGUAUCGCCGAGUGCACAACCUGCAAAUCCUGGCCUGUGGGGGGGAUGGAACUGUGGGCUGGAUCCUCUCUUGUCUCGAUGAACUGGCGAUAAAUCCUCAGCCUCCUGUUGCUGUGUUACCACUGGGGACAGGAAAUGACCUCGCUAGGACCCUCAACUGGGGAGGGGGCUACACAGACGAGCCUCUGUCUAAGAUUCUGUCCCAUGUGGAGGAUGGGACUGUUGUCCAGCUAGACAGGUGGAAUCUACAGGUUGAACCAAACCACAGUGCAGGGGCUGAACCCGACGAACAGCAGACUGAUAAGCUCCCUCUAGAUGUUUUCAACAAUUACUUCAGUCUUGGAUUUGAUGCCCAUGUGACUCUGGAGUUUCACGAGUCAAGAGAGGCCAACCCAGAGAAGUUCAACAGUCGUUUCAGAAACAAGAUGUUCUAUGCUGGGACAGCGUUCUCAGAUUUUCUGAUGGGAAGCUCCAAAGACCUGUCAAAGCACAUCAGAGUGGUGGUGAGUAGCUGCCAAUCAAACUGUCAGUCAUUUGCCAAGCUGGCUGCACAGGAAGUGGAUCUCAAGCAGAAGAACGAGGAUGCUGACAUGCUCAUCCAGGUGGUCGGGAUAGAAACUGAGAAGGUGUCCAAGGAGAAAGCAAUAGCUGAUGAGGAGGAGCAGAAGGAGGCGGCUAUAGCUGUGGUGGUGAGCGGCAGACAGAGAGACUGUGAGGAGGACCUGGAGAAGGCUGCUAACGCUGCUGGCCGCUCAGGACUAGGACCCUGUAUUCCACCGGGUCCUUCUGUGCCGCGGUGA